AUGUUUGCUACAGAAGUCGAAGUUAUAAUAGAAGAUGCAGUCUGUGAACAAAGAUGGGAUUUACCUAAGACGAAAGAGAUGAUUUUCAAGAAUUUAACACCACACACUGCCGAUAUUAAGUUGGUUGAAAAUUGUUAUAUAAAAAUUCUUAUUGAUUGUGCACGUCUUGAAUUUGAAAAACAACUGGUCAAUGUAAUUUGUCAGGAAAACAAGUUUGUGGAAAAGUUCACGCGUGGUGUAGAUCAGAUUUCUACACUUAAUGAUUUAAUUGGUUUAUAUAAGGCUGAUUUUUAUAUGACUCAACUUGAACUAUAUUCGAACUUGAUCGACGAAUAUGAAUUGACUAGUCUUAUGGCAAAUUUGAAGUCUUAUGUAUGGAAAAAAAUUCUGGACAAAUCCGAAGGUGGAAAUUUGGAAUUGAACAUAUUGCACAAUCUUGUGGUUUGUUUCCAAACGAACACAGCAUCGGCAAUACAUGAAAAGUUGGAAGAGUUUAAAAACAAUUGCGCGUCACAAUCGCGUACAGGCGGUUAUUUAAGAAAGCUAAUGGAAAAUAUUCGAAUCGAAAGAAAUUCAAACAUACAACUUGAAAACUUUUUGAGAUCGAUUAGAAUUUUCAAAUCCGAUCUUUUUUUGUUGGAAGAGCAAAUGCGACAAGUUAUUUGUUUCUAUUUAAAACCAGUCGAAAUAGCAGUCAGGAACAUCGGAAACCGAUCUGUAAUUGAAAUUAUUGGUGGCGUAAUUCGCUUGUCACAACAGCUGUCAGCUAUCGAACAAAAGCUAAUGAAUAAUGAGCAUCAACGGCAAAACUCAAUCGGUGAACUUCGCUUUAUCGCAUUGCACAUGGUUGAAAUUGAUUGCGAUUUGGAAAAUUCUCGUUGGCAUGGAUUCAAUAUAUUCAUUAUGACUACCAGUGUCAAUGUUUCGAAGAAAUGUCAAUGGGAUCUGUCCGGUCUAAGUUCUCAGAAACAACUUGAAAAGGCACGAAGCGGUAAUUCAAAUAGCAAAGACGGCGACGAUGGUAUCGAUGGACAUUCAGGCGAAAGUAGCGGAAAUGUAAUGAUCGUAGCUGAUCAAAUGCACAAUGCUGAACAUCUAACAGUGAUUGUGAACGGUGGUGGUGGUCUCAAUGGACAAGACGGUGGUGAUGGUGCUAAUGGCAAGAAUGGUGAAGGAAUUUCUAUGAAUGACCUGAAGAAGAAAUUUCCGAGUCCUGUACAUUUCUGGGGAAGAUGUCAUAACUUAUGGAAAGUAUAUAAUCAAAUUCGUUUAAUGGGACAACCAAUCCCAUCUUGGACGAAAGGUGCGAAUUGUUAUGCUGAAUUGAAAUUAGAAAAUGGCCAAGAAAUCAUUCAUUCUGUAAGUAGAUAUUUAGCUGGAAACUGUUAUUUAUUGUACAAAGGAAGUAAAGGAGAGCCCGGUGGACGUGGUGGGUUGAAUGGAUUGGGUGGAGAGGGCGGAUUUUCAGGUGAAUGUGUGGCAAUAUCGAGACAGAAUAAGCAUUUUCCGGUCAACGUUAAAGUUAUGAAAGGAUCUAAUGGAAAGGAUGGCAAGACCGGACGAACUGGUGAAUAUGGCAAGAAUGGGUGGGAUGUUGGUUAUACAGAUUUUCAGAACUGGUCUUCACCUAUGGAAUUUGGUGUGAACCAAAAUCAACGACUCACUAUGAGCUAUUCCACAGAUAGUUCUGGUCGAGUAUAUUGCGGAUACCGUUACGAUGAACUUGGAUCUUCAAUGUGCUAUGCGACGAUUAACGCAUCAACCCUGGAAUGUCGAAAAUUAACCGAGAGUGAAGAGUUUCGCGAAAAGUCCAAGGACCGACAACGACAACAGCAAGCAGUUGCGACACGAAAAAAUGCUUUGCAGAGAACUGCUAUGGAGAAAACUUAUGGACAAUAUUUUGAACAAAGUGAUCAUCUAAUCAAUGGAAUCUUUCAAACGCAUGCGGAAGCUACUAUGAACUUCCAUCUGAUGCAGCGAAAAGCGAAAGCAGCGUUUGAAGAAGUAGAAAAGCUUAAGGAACGUUCGCGUGAAAAAGUUAGUCGAUAUCAAAUUUAUGAUGCUGAAAAGAAAUCGAAAAAGACAAUAAAGAAAUCUACGACACAAAAUAAUACACCCAGAGAACAGAAAAAGGCGAACAGUCUUUCUAAAAUUGUAAACACUUCAAAUGAAGAUGAUGAUGUCUGGAGUGAAAUGUUCGAAGAAGAAUUCACAGAAGAUGAAUUAGAAACAAUAGCAACAACGUUUCAUACCUAUAGAACCAAUCGAAAAGUUGUGACCCCGAUGAUUCGACGAAUACAUAAAAAAAUUGCACUGGCAAAAUUUCAUAACCUCGUCAGAAAUGAUUAUCUGCUUACAAAUGAAAGCAUUAUUCAUCAUAAUAUCCUUAACACUGGAAAAUAUCUUAAAAUUUGUGAAGAAACGAAUUCUCACCUUCGAUGGAUCCAAGACUUCUUCGACGAAUGCGAUGGAAAUGAAAAAAUUCAAGCUGCUUUUGAUGAUCUUUGCCAUUAUCGAAUAUCAACUGAUGCUUUUAACACGGUAGGGACGAAAUUUGAUACUUUAGCUUCGGUAAAUAUUGGUGAUGUCAGCUUGGGUGAAUUUCUGAAAAAUUUGAAGAUGGAUGACGAAGAAAGGCUUACAGAAGCAGCCAAGAAGUUAUCCGGACUGGAAGCAGGUAAUCCCAGCGAAUGGAACAAACUUUUCACGGUGCUGAAUUUUUUUGCAAUAAACGGUGAAGCGACUCAACAACUGAAAAGGCUUGUUACAAUAUACGAUGUAAAAAAACUUAAAGAUGAUAAUGAUUUACUUAUUUACUUAUUCAAUUUUUUCAAUCAAUUACAUUCCUUACAAAUCGCCAACAAAACAUUGGCGAAGAUAGUCGAACUAUUCAUCUUUGCACAUGGAGAAUCAACAAGUCUGUGUGCUCGAAUUCGAAAAUGCUUGAGAUUACACCAAGAUUUCAUGGAGAAGAAUAAAACAUCAAUGGAAAAAGUUCUUGAAGCAGUUAACUUCCUGUCACAAAGGCCUUUCAAAGCAAGUUGGCGAAAGUCUAAUGAAUAUCCAAACUUUAUCGAGACUGGAAAUCGACAGCGAGAAUUCAAUAUUGAUGAAAAACUUUUGCGGAAACUACACGAUCUCUACGUGUCCAAACAAAAUACCACUCUUGAUUGGCAUCAACAAGUUGACGAUGAAAUCCUACGAAUAUGUUUAGACAAUAUGAAAUCCUGCAAUUCAAACUUUUACCCACCGUUGCUUGAGCUCAUUGCUUGGAAGCAUCAGUUUCAUCUGAAAAUCUAUAGUGAAACUGAUUCCAACCAGUUUGUUUGUAUUCAAGAACAUUUCAAUAUUGGUAAACAGAUCGAACAUCUUCUAUGUCAAGAAGAUCACACGAUCGAAAGUUUAGUAAUUGAUCAAGAGUUUGUCGAACUAGAUGUUGCACGUAAAAGCUUAGUUUUGCAAUUCCAAUAUCAACGACAAGAUCAAGCAUAUUUUCCAUACGAAGAGGAACAUUCGAGUGAUGAUAUUCUAAUUCACGAACUGUGCCAGUUUUUUGGAGAGCAGGAUCGAGAUGAGUUGGAAAAUCAUUUGAAAAAAAUAUCAGCUCAGUGCAUCGGCGAAAAUUCGGUGCUCACAUCUUUACUUUACUGUUUUAUGUGUAAUGGGUGUCAUCUGGAAUCAAGUGAAGUCUUUCUUUUCGUUGAUACUGUAUUGGAAUGUUGGCUAAAUUUUGAUCAAGAUUCCGAGUUAUUUACUUAUCUCGUUCUCUCUUAUAGUCAGUUCCAGUUGAUUGAUCAAUUGAUUUUGAUCAAACUUGAAAAUUUACUUCGAAGAAAGUUACAAAGUAAACCAGCAUUGCAGGAUCUUCUAAAGAUUAUUACGGACAGGUGUGUCAAGAUUCUUCUAGCGAAAAGAUUGGAAGAGUCAGAGCUGCUAAUCGACGAAGAGAGUUUUUCCAAUGUGCUCAACAUGCUACAAUACAUUGGAAAUGAUUUAAGUUUCUUAAAGCAGUUAAGUUUAUCCGAUUGGUCAUCGAUCCUAAAAGAUAGCUAUUGGCAGCAUAUUUUAACCACAAGAGGAUUACAGUUCGACGACACAAAUCUGCAGCAAUGCUCGUUUUACUUGAUAAAACUUGAAAGUUUGUUCAGCACCACACUCGUGAAUAGCCUCGUCGCUAUUCUACAAGAAGCUAAACAUUUUUCCGCAAAAACUCUUUUAACCUUUGUCCAUCGUUUUUAUGCGGAAGAUGUGGAACUGAGCGAGGACAUUAUCACUGAUUUUGGAAUUCUCAAUACGACAUUAUCUGACCUAUACCCAGAAGGUUGUCACCAAUAUAGUGGUAAGGAAUUAUUAACGUUAUGUCAACAAAAUAAAAAUAUUAUCAAGAAAGAUCUCGGUGCUAUUAUGCAUCUGAUGACAAAAUUAGGUCUAUCGGAAUCUAAAGACCGAAACAUUGAAGAUAUUGUAGAGAUGAUGCGAACAUCAUCUCGACAAGAUGACGUCAUUGAGCAUUUAUCAAAAAUCAGAGAUUUAUUGGCAAAGUUAGCAAAUAACGAAAAUCCUGUUUUAAGGGCUGCUGUGGACUACACUAAUAAUUAUCAUCUAUCAAGAGAUGCAAGUGAUUAUCAUCUGACGAAAGUUACAUACGAUACGUGUAGUGAUAAUGAAGACAAUCUGAAACGAAUCGUUCAUGCGAUACGAUCACAAAUUAAAGAUGUAAAGAAGGUUGAAAAUUACGACUUCUAUCUGCUCGAUAUUGUUAAUCGGGCAAUUAUGUUAAAACGUGGAUUCGGUCUUCGAGACACACAAAAAGUGGUAAUAAUGUUAGCAUUAUUGAACGAGAGAAAUCUUUUGGCACAAGUAGCAACUGGUGAAGGAAAAACAUUAAUCAUCACAACUAUAUGUAUAAUAAAAUACUUAUACGGAGAGAAGUUGGAUAUUGUCACUAGUUGUUCUGUAUUAGCAAAACGUGAUGCCGAGUCCGAACCACCGAAAGGCAAUAUCGAUCUGUAUACCUUAUUUGGUGUAAACGUUGGACAUAUUUGUAGCGAGGAUAUUGGUCAACGCACACAAGUCUUUAACAAUUGUGACGUGAUCUAUGGUGACUUGUCAAGUUUUCAACGAGAUUAUUUACUGGAUCGCUUUUAUGGGAAGAAUAUUUUAGGAACACGUGUUUUUAAAAACGUUAUCGUUGAUGAAGUUGAUAGUAUGCUUCUCGACAACGGCAAUAAUAUGCUUUAUCUAUCGCAUGAUAUUCCAAAUAUGGACAAACUGCAAUCGUUGUACAUUUUCCUUUGGCAAAGUGUUAACCGUCCAAUCAAAUCAAUGGAAGACUUGCAAAAUGUUUAUGAUAAUUCAGCGAUCAAAAGAUCAGUUAUUGCAGAUCUUUAUGGGAUGGUAAUGCAUGAUGACGUUAGCGAUGAUGUCUGGAAAGUAUUGAUUGAAUCGAAAACAAUCAGUCAAGAUGGUCGUCUACUCGUCAAUUUAAAAGAUAUCAGUAGAUUUGUUAAACAAUUGGAGUUUCCAAAGCAAAAAACUGAGAACCGACUGAUUUUUCUACUAAAUAAUAUCGUAACACGGAAAAGAAGCAUCAAAAUACCUGAAGAUUUGUAUAAUUUUGUUGAGCGACAUUUGGACAAAUUUAUUGAUAACGCUAAACAUGCACUAUUCAUGAGUGAAGGUGUGGAUUACGUGAUUGAUGUGGAUCGAACAGGUCUCGACCCAGAUCUCAAUCCGAAAAUUAUUAUCAUCGACAAGAAUACUGGUACCGACCAGAGCAGCUCGCAAUGGCAUGAAGCAUUACAUCAAUUUCUCCAGAUAAAACAUGGCUGUAAAUUAGCAUUGAUGAGCUUAAAAGCUGUUUUCAUAUCAAAUGUAUCCUAUUUUUUGAAACUUUAUGGAAAUCUCUAUGGACUUUCCGGUACUCUAGGCUCGAUACAAGAGAAAGAAUUACUCAGUGAACUUUAUAAUGUUGACUUGAUUAAAAUUCCUACUUCAAAGCCGAAAAAUUUCUUCGAAGAACGGCCGAUAAUCUGCCCUUUUAAAGAACAAUGGACAAAUAGUAUUUAUGCUGAAACAAAGAAGAAAAUUCUCAAGCGACGUUCUGUACUAAUCAUUGGCGAAAGUGUGAAAGAUGUUGAAUACAUAACAAAACAUCUAAUAAAAAGUGCAAAUGAAGAUGGAGAAAAUAAUCCGAGCAAUGAACUGUACUACAGUUUACAGAAACCUUAUGUUUAUAAACGAGAACAUGAGGAAUUUCUCUUCGGACAAGGAAACGAGUUCUUAAGUUGCGGAAAAGUAAUUGUGGCAACAAACUUAGCCGGUCGUGGCACUGACAUAAAACUAAAGCAAGGAUUAGUUGAAGCUGGCGGAUUACAUGUGAUCGUAACAUUUUUACCAGACAAUUGUCGUGUGGAAGAACAGGCAUAUGGACGAGCGGCAAGAUGUGGUGAACAGGGUUCGGGACAGCUGAUUAUAAUUGAUAGUGACGAAGAUGGUGGAUCAUACAGUUCAAAGAUUUUCCAGCUAAAAAGUGCGCGAGAUGCCAAUGAACUGCAGCGAUUGAAGACAGUGAAGAAAUUUUAUGACGAAAGAAUCACAAUUGAAGAAGAUUGUUUCAAACAGUUUAAACAACGCUAUGAAGAGCUUCGUAGGCAGUUGGAAACACAUGAUUAUAUGAAAGAAAUCAAAAGGUUUCUGCUGGAUAGUUUUCUGGACAAAUGGGCAUUUUGGCUAGAUCAAAACUCACAACUUAUUGAAAAUCAAGCUACUGAUCGCUCAAAGAAAGAAUUACUUUUUGGUAAAUUAAGGCGUUUUCUUCAACCAAUUUCUCUGAACCUCGAUAGCUGGUUAGACAGUCCUAGUCAGUACUUGAAACUAGGUAAUCAUUAUGCAAAAAAUAAUCAAUAUGCAACUGCCAAAAUAUAUUUUGAUAAAAUUUUCCAAAACCAUUCUUAUUAUUUAGCAGAAGCUCUUUAUUACUCAUCUGCUAUAAAUAUUAAACAAGCACGAUGUGCAUUAUUAGAUAAGAAUGGGUUUCAAUUUCAAAAACUUAAGUUAGAUCUGAUCAAAGCAAGAGAAUUAUUUCAAGAAAGAAUAAAUGAUUGCAUGAACGAUCAAGCUGUUGUUGAAUCAUUCAAGAAGAAGGAAACAAAUAUUUUAAUCCAUAUUGAGGCAUUCAGCGAACAACAAAAGACUGUUUCACAAAUCUAUAAUCUGUUUAUCAACAGUAUCAAUGAUAUUUUGGGGCAUCCCGUCUCGCAUAGUGCACUUGUGACUUUUGAACUCCAUGAAAUUCUUGCUUACGAUGCAUUGAUUGAGCUGCAAAAACAAGGUAUUAUAACACAACAGCAAACUGCUGACACAUAUUCGAAUGAUACUUUAAAAGAUAUAGCAGUGGAGUAUCGUAUUCUGCCGAUCGAGCUAGAAAAACUGAAAAAUUUACUACGUAUAUAUCCUACCGUCACUAGUCAAUCGGUAGCUGAAGUCGUUAAUUUACCCAGCCUAGAAGAAUUCUGGUCAAUGCUGAAAGAACGCGAUAUUCUUAUCAAUGAGAUAGAGUUUACUAUGAUAAACAAACAAAAGUUGUCACAGAUUCAGCCCAAGGCAAUUGAAACUUUCAUUCGUAAUAAUGAACUAGACAUAGGACUCACUAAACUAAAGGCUGGCGAACUCCUUCAAUAUCCAACGGGUAUAAAAGAAGAUACUAUCAUUUGUUCAACAAGGUUCUAUCAAGAAUUGCAUAUCUCAACAAAAAACUACUUGGAAAAUCGAGGAAUUUGUUCCAUAAAUAGAAAAGCAAAUAUUGACUCAAACGAAAUCCAAAACGAACAUCUAUUUUCAAAAUUUGAUUCGAUUGCAUUAUCAGAUUUAGUGAAUGAAAAUAUUUCGAGUGAUGAUGGAAUUAUGAUUUUGGAAAUACUUAGUCAAGAGAAUGUAGGCGUUUUAGAAGAAAGGUCAAAUGGAAAUUAUAAAUUAAAAAGUCAUAUCGAUUGUUCUUCUCUGCCAUCGUGCUAUCAAGAUGUUGUUGCAGCUAUUCUCAAUUCCACAUUUGCCUAUCGGUUAGCAUACAUGCAUUUACAAGAAUAUUUUAAAGAAAUUAAAUCGACAUCGAAGUCUGAAUCACCUUUAACAUUUCACUUUCGAUUAACCUCAAAUCCGUAUCAACAACUCAUUUUCGAUUUAAUCGAUAAAUCUGUAAUUGAAGACACUCAGGUUCAAUAUGGAAAAUUGAAAUUUGCAAACUUCAAAGAAAUUUUUAAGAAUAUGGAAGCCACCUAUGCGCAGCAUUUUGAACAUCUCAAUAAGGAAGAAAAUUAUGAAUACAUUAACAAAACUCUCAAUCAACUCUGCUGCGGAAUUGAAAAACUUGAAACGCCAGACUGUUUCUACUCGCCUCUGGAAGAUGCAUUAAAAAUGCAGCAGAACUCAUCAAUUGUUGAAGCUUCUUGGUUCUCACUCAAUGGAAUGGAGCAUUUAAUUACCCUACAGGAACAGAAAUAUUCCUGGAAAUUUUGGAGGAAUGUUCUCAUCAUUACGGGAUUUGCGUUGGCACAAAUUGUUGCUGGUGCAGUAAUCGAAAUCUAUACUGUUGGAAUCGGCACGUAUGCAGCAUCUUUCUUGAUCAAUGAAGGGAUCAGCGAUCUAUUUUUUGUGAUGGGAUCUUUAUCCACUGGUCAUAUGUCUAGUUAUUGGGAACACAAAAAAUGGAGUAUGGCUAUGACAGCAGUAACCUGUGGUGUCGGUGCUUAUCUGUCUCGUGGUACAAAAGUAUCACGCAUUGGAUAUAAAGUUGCGGGUCCAGUUCGCACAGAAGGUGGCAAAAAGAUCGCUGAGAUGACCGGCAAAAAACUUGCUGAACAUAUUGGCACAGGAACGAUUGCUAAGGAAACAUUGAAGCGCGUUGGUUGCAAACUGGUUGAAGGAGUAGCUUAUGGUUUCGCUCAGAGCGGUGUUGAUCAUCUCGUUAUUAACCAUUUACAUGGAAUGUGCACUGCGAUUCAGAAAACAGUGGUUGCAGAUCUUGAAGAACUCUUCCAGAACCAUAAACUUAACGAAACUGUACUACAAGCUUUCAACACAAUGGGUGAAACUCAGGCUCGCUUACUCAUAAAUCAAGUGACGAUAGAAUGCUUUGAAAAGACGUCAAUGUUUGCAACGCUUUGUGCGCAUUUUUCACAUCUGUCUAACUCGAUUUCACGUGGUUUUGCUGAAUGUACCCGAAAGAUAUCGAAAACAGGUGGUAAAACGCCGGGGUCACAAGUGUUAUCAGUCUUGGCACAAAUACAAAAGAUAUUAAAAUAUAAUAAUAUUCUUCAGGAGUUAUGUGAAAUUAAAAAAGCAGCUGAAACUUUUCUCGAAAAUGCCAAUAAACUCAUUCUAGAUGCACGCGUCGAGCAGCAACCAACGUUGGUGAAAGAUACAUCAGUGAAUUCACAGCAAAGGAUCAAAGUUUUCCGCGACCAGACAAUGGAACACUGGAAACAAACAGUAAUCGAGAAGUCUAAUCAAGGGAUUGCUAAUCAAUUAAUUGCACCAAUGUUAUCUCAAGGUGCCAAUCAAUUAAUUGGCUUUCUUGGUAACUCAAUCAAGAAAACCUAUCGCUCGUACAAAGAAGAUCAGUAUCAACAAGAAUUCGAAUCAGCGAAAAAACAGUUCGAUGAAAGGGUAAAAGAUGACAAACUCGAUGCUGAGAAACGUCAGGAAGAACUCAAAACUUAUCAUAAAGCAAUAGUUAAAUUGCUAUCCAAGACAAGAGAUGCGAAAUUAUUUGCAUCUAUUCUACGUGAAAAUGUGCCCAUGGAUAUGACGUGUGUUCAGGCGUGUAGUCACGUUGUCCAUCAAUGCAUGUCUCAAAUAAAAACUAUUGAUGGUGAGAAACAGUUUACUGGUAUUCGCAUCAUUGUCGAAAACACCGAUGGUUCGUCACAUGAAUAUUCCAGUUCAGAAAAUCCUUCACAUACAAUAACUCUGGCACUUGACAAUAAUCAUUUCAAUAUAACGGCAACGAAAAAUGUUGAGUCAUCGAAAAAUAAUUGUCUUUAUGAAUCAUUUAUCGAGCAAAUUCCAGCAUUACAAACAGUUUUCUCGAAUGGCACGGCUUUUCGAGAACAUUUGUCAGAUUACAUUGAACACAAUGAAGAACUCCGAUAUACUAUUUCUCAAGGAUGGCAUAAAUUCGCAAUAGAAAAGGGAAGUUAUGGUGGUGCAAUCAAAGAAGACAACUACAAACAAGAUGUUUUGUAUGCUCGGCAGGUAGUAGACGUCGGAAAUGCGUUAGAAACAAUUUACAAAAACAACGAGCAUUUAUCAGAAGAGGUUCGCGAAGUAGUCAAAAAAUGUUUAGAUAAGAUUGAUAAUCUUGCUACGUUCGGUGUGGCAAGUGGUGAUGUAGCCGAAGAAAUCAAUAAAGUAGUAAACGAAUUCAACAUAUGGUUGAAUGGUCAACAACUGAACCAAAAUGAACAACAGUUGAAAACAGAAUUGAAAAGGACGAUUUCCUUAUUUGGUGAACGCGUUGUGCAGACAGUGCAUACUAAUUACAGAACAACCUUGGAGGAUUUUCUUUCAAAGGCCCGGCAAGCAGACAGUUCACCAAAAGAUCCUGUUGCGGUACAUGUGGCUGAUCGAGUGAAAUUUGCACGGGAUGAUAUUCAGUUGGAACUUUUAGUUACGGAAGGUACAAAAUUACGCAAUGAUCCAGAUAUUAUCGCAAGUGCUAUUCACGCGCAAGUCAAUCAGAAUUUACCGGAAAAUGAUCGACGAUUCAAUACUGUAGCUGUCGGCUUUCACAAAGAAACAAUAUAUGUGGCAUUUAACCAAUUGGGUGUCACGAAAGAUGGGAAGAAAACUUAUGUUGUAGACACAGAGGAAUGCAAAAAAAUAUGCAAAAUGCUUGCGGACAAGAAGUUCCUCACGGGACGUUACAAAGUUAUUUUUUUAGAAGGAAAAUCAAAACCAACAACUCAAGAACAAUGUCGAGCGCCACACGCAGAAAUGCAAAUUAUGAAUUACUGGAAAAAAGUUGGAAUAUUGCAAGAAGAUAAUCCCAUGACGAGAAAUCGUAAACCAAGGAAAAUAGGUGCGUCAAAACCACCGUGUCUGUGUUGCAGUGUUGCAAUGAAGACUCGUAAUGUGGAUCAUAAGAUUUAUGGAAAAGCGUGUACGUCGCCGAAAAAUUGGACUCCUUCCUCAGCCAUUGUUGUGGAUGUCACAAUAAAAUUCAAAGUUCAAAGUGAUCUUCAUCAAUAG